AUGCCCGACCCGGAUCACGCCGCCAUCCCGAUCUCCCCGCUCCUCCAUCGUUGUUCCUUAUGCUCUGCUCUGCGAUCUGUUUUACUGUUCUUCCUUGGGUCUUGCGGCGAAGACCUAGGUGGAGGGAGGAAAAACGAGCGCGGGCGGGCCAGAAGGAGAAAGGAGGCUUCGGCCGCCCAGGCGCGAGAGGAAGAGAAAAGAAAAGGGCCAAACUUCUUGUUAUAUGUCAAUGCUGACACCAUUCGAGAGUCAUUUAUUUCUAAAUGUCAAUCUGAUAAUGGCCUUCUGAAUUUUUUGUGUUACUUAGGUGGGCACAAGGGUUUUGAUAAGGUGAUAUGGGAGGUAGCUGAUUAUAAGAAAGGCGAAAAUCCUUCCAUCACCUUCAAAUAUCACAGUCAUGAUGGGGAAGAAGGUUACCCGGGAGAUGUUGCUGUGACUGCUACUUACACCCUAACUUCUAGUACAACAAUGAGGCUUGACAUGGAAGCUGUGCCUGAAAAUAAGGCCACUCCCAUCAGCUUGGCUCAGCACACAUACUGGAACUUAGCCGGUCACGAUUCAGGAAACAUACUAAACCACUCCAUCCAGAUAUGGGCUAAUCACAUCACCCCUGUGGAUCAGAGCACAAUCCCAACAGGUGAAAUUAUGCCUGUCAAAGGAACGGCUUUUGAUUUCACGACGGAGAAGAAGAUUGGCGCUUCGAUUCAUGAGGUGCCUGGUUUAGGGUACGACCAUAACUAUGUGCUGGACUGUGGGGAAGAGAAGUCGGGCCUAAAACAUGCUGCCAAACUGAAGGACCCUUCAAGUUCUAGGGUUCUUGACUUGUGGACCAAUGCUCCGGGAAUGCAGUUUUACACUGGAAAUUACGUAAAUGGAGUAGUUGGUAAAGGCGAUGCAGCAUAUGGCAAGCACUCUGGAGUGUGUUUGGAGACGCAAGGAUUUCCAAAUGCCAUCAACCAACCAAACUUUCCUUCCGUUAUCGUUCGACCUGGUGAGAAGUACAAGCAUUCCAUGCUUUUCGAGUUUUCAUUAGAGUGAAACAUUGGGAAGGUUUAUGUUAAUAAGAUGAGUUCCGAACUUGUUUGCCUUUACCUAA